AAGCAGCCGAGACUCCUACCCCCAGCUUGGUAACCACCGCCACUGUGACCUCUUCACACGGCACCCCCAGCUUCACCUCUUCAAACAUCGACUCCACAGUCAGCACAUCCACAACUGCCGUCACCUCCGCUCCCACCACCUUGGGGACCCUGGUGACUUCUCCAUCCAUCCGCUUGUCUUCACUCAUUACUCACAUCCCCACCACAAGACCAACCACUAUCACUCACCCUUCCGUUAGCUCCACUGGCUCAGUGGCUUCCACAACUGACCUCACCUCCACCGUUGCCCCUUCCAGUUCGCCAGCAACAUCCACCCAUCUCACGCCAUCUACCCCAACCAUCCCAAUCACAGAGCCUUCGUCCCUUGUCAGCACAACCUCUGCUGCCAUUUCCACCACGAGAACGACUCGCACAAGUGCUGAGACUCCCCCGACAAGUUUUCUUAGCACAAGUCUUCCCGUGACACCUUCUACCUUUAUUUCAACGUAUAGCCCUCCUCUAGUGACCUCUCAUACCGGGAAUGAAAAAUCUCAAGUAACAACUACUCUUCCCCCUUCAAGGACAGACACUUCCAUGCCCUCUCUUCAUAUUCUAACUCCAUCCAUGAAUUCCAGCAGUGCCAUGUCAACAUCGCACGUCCAUAGGACCAGCACACCUUUGUCCAGUCUUCAAACUUUUGUCUCCACCCCCUCUCCGCAAACCUCACUCACGUCUACAAGCCCGUCUACUACAAAAUCUUUCACUAGAGGGAGUACGUCUACAAAUGCAAUCGUGACAUCUUUUAGUACCAUCAUCUCGUCUUCAACACCCUCUGUCACGAUGUCCUCUUCCGUGUCUCCCACCAGCACAGUCCCAGUGUUCUCCACCACCACUCACUCUGUUUCUUCCUCCCCACACACGUCCACUACGGAAAACACAGGCUCCUCUUCUGUCACCGCCUUGUCCACUCUGCCUUCAUCUGCAACCAGCAGCACUUCUCUGACUAUCUCCUCUCCCGCCACAACCCUCACUGAAAUUACCCCCUUUUCUUAUAUUUCUCUUCCCUCUACUACACCAUGUCCAGAAACUAUAACAAUUACAAUAGUCCCUACCUCGCCCACUGUCGCCUGUGUUGAAGUGGGUCCCGGCAUUGACGUUACUUCCCCUCCCACCACCCCAUUAUCAGUCCUUCCCUUCACUACCGAAAUGGUCACUUUUCCUGGUUCCACCAGUAUGAGAACUGUCCUUCCUACAUAUAUGGCCACCUCUCCUUCCGUGACUCCGGAAGGCGAGCUCACCAACCUCACAAGUGGUGUUCCUAGUUCUCCUGGCACUGGGACUGCAUCCGUGAACACAGUUUGGACAAGCACCCAAGUGCCCACCCGUGACUGGGUGAGCACCAGCUCUCUCACCUCCCCAUAUCCGCCUGGCGUCACUGCGGCCACACCCCCCACAAAACCAAGCAGCACCCUUCCAACUGCCAUGAGGACUUCAAGCAAGCUGACAUACCCCACCUCACCGACCACCAGAACUCCAGAGACACCAGUGGCUACCACCCAGACUACCACCACUCUUACGUCACCUAAGACAACCAGGACCACUACUCAGAUGACCACACAGACCAGGCUGACCACCACUCCAGGCACCUGUGACAACGGUGGCACCUGGGCACAGGGCCAGUGCCUUUGCCUCCCAGGGUUCUCUGGGGACCGCUGUGAGCUCCAGGAGAUUAAGUGCCAGAACGGGGGCACCUGGGAUGGUCUCAAGUGCAACUGCCCCAGUACCUUCUAUGGCUCCUACUGUGAAUUUGCUGUGGAACAGGUAGACCUAGACACCGUGGAGGCCGAAGUGGGCAUGGAGGUGUCUGUCGACCAGGAGUUCUCGGAGGAGCUCAAUGACAACACUUCCAAGGUCUACCAGGAUUUCAGCAACAACUUCCGGGAUCAGAUGCAGAAGGUUUACCAAAAUGUGCAGGGGUUCAAGGAUGUGGAGAUCCUGUCCCUGAGGAGUGGCAGCAUCGUGGUGGACUAUCUGGUCCUGCUGGAGUUGUCCUUCAGCCUCAACCUGGACAGGGAGUAUGAGAAGGUGAAGACAGCCCUGAAGGAGGAGCUCCAGAAUGCCAGCCAGGAUGGGGACGGCUGCAAGGCCAACCAGACCAUGUGUUUUAAGCCCGACUCUAUCAAGGUGAACAACAACACCAGCACAGAGCUUACUCCGGAAGCCAUCUGCCGCCGCGCGGUUCCCGAGGGCUACGAGGAGUUCUACUUCCCCUUGGUGGAGGCGAACCGGCUCCGCUGCGUCACCAGAUGCACGUCGGGCGUGGACGGCGCCUUCGACUGUAAUCAGGGCCAGUGCAUUCUGGAGAAGAGCGGUCCUGCUUGCCGGUCCUCGGACGAGAACAGGAAAUGGUUCGCGAUGUGGGAUGAGGAGACCGUGGGGACUUUUUCCAACCUGGGCUUCGAGGACGACGCAGUCGUCAAGAAGGAAAACUUCUGUGUGGCCCUGGAGAACGUGGACACCAGCCUGAAGGUGCACAUCAAGAGACCUGAGGUGACCUCAUCCUCCCUGUGA